AUCUCUGCAGCGGCCAUAACUGUUUUGUUUUUGUCCUCCCGACAGCAGCCUUUUAUUCCUACGUUUACAGAUGACGUCCACCAGGCUACGGACAUUUAAAAAAUGCUGUUUUAUAAUGACCAACAAAUAAAAUAAUUUUGUACUAAAUUAUUCAGUGGCGAAUUCUCAAAAGGGACAAGUUCGUACGUUACGACAGGUGAGGUAUUUGGCUUUUGAAAAUGAGUGAUAACCUUCAUCUGAGUUUAGUAAACACCGGUAAAGACCACAGCCAAACCCCCGGGCCCGCGGACAGCAGCACAACCCCGUCCGACCACGAGAAUUUUCCGUAUGACGCCGAAGAUCAGGGCGAGGAGAGCGGCCCGGAGGAGUCGAGGGACGGAGCAGUCAGCCCGGAGGAACUCAACGACGAUGACACCUCCGGGGAGAGCGAGAACCUGCCCAAAACCUGCACCUAUGACGGCUGCACGGAGACCACGACACAGGUGGCUAAAGCCAGGAAACCCUGGAUGUGCAAAAAACACCGCAAUAAAAUGUACAAGGACAAGUAUAAGAAGAAGAAGAGCGACCAGGCCAUGUCUUCUGGAAAGCUGGAGGAGGGCUCGGAGGAGCGGCCUGUCUCUGUCACUAAACAGAGGCUCGGCUCUAUGGGUGACAGACCCGCCAGACCCUCACUCAUAGAGCAGGUGCUCAACCAGAAGAGACUGUCUCUGCUGAGGAGUCCAGAAGUCAUCAGUUUCCUCCAGCAGCAGCAGCGUUUACUGACCACGCAGAACCGCUCUCAAACAACACAGCACAACUUCUGAACACUGAAGCUGACCAACAUUUCAUACAGUCACUUUUUAACAUUUUUGGGAAUAUUGUGUAUUGAUGCUGUGAGCAUGUGGUACCUGCAGUGGUCCUGGAUGCAGUGGAGACUAUCAGCAAAACUGCAGGAUCUCAUUCAUGAAGAUCUUUUAUAUCAUGAAGCAAAUCAGCAGCUAAGUCUACUGUACAGUCCUGCUCGUCCACAUGAGGUCAUUUAGGAUUUUUAAAUGAACACUAGAAAACAUUCAUGAAUUCAAUGUUAAUGAUCUUAAUCUAAUCUGUGUUUUAACUUGCCCAUCCACAUCUAGUUAACUGUGUAGCAGGAAAACACAGCGUUGUGUUCAGUCUACUUUAUUAUUAUUUUUAAGCUCUGUAAGCUGCUAAAGCAAUCAAAUGAAUUUUUACUGAUCAUAUGAUAAUUAUGACUGUUUUUUAUCUUGAAAAGUGAGUAGACAUCACAAGUUUUGUUUGUUUUUAAUAUUAUAUUUGUGUUCGGGUCAAAAAUAAAAAAGGCACAAAUAAAAGGGAGGGAUUUCUUUUGUAUUACAAAAACAAAAUGGCUAAGUUUAAAGGUUUUAGAAGGCAUAUGACAAAUAAAACACUGUCAGAACAAG